AUGCCCAAUGAGGACGACCACGAAACGGGCAUCGUGCAGGUACUUGACGUUGAGCGAGUUCGUGUCAUCCUCGAGGCUUGUUAUAAUAACAAGGUCAUUCCAGUCAUGCUGGUAUUGAACCACACACAGAGAAAGUUUUAUGGUGUGCAACAUGGCGACAUAUUUAAUGCCUGGAACGCGCUGCAGGGGCCUAAUAUGCGUGAGCGAUUGAAUAUUAGUGCAUCGACAGGUCGGAUUACCUAA